AUGCGUCUCUACAACCUCGCUCCCCUCUUGCUGGCUGGCCUAGCGUCGGCUGGCCUUUUCGGCGGCGACAGCUCUACCUCGGCAGCAGCCUCAUCCACGUCGACCGCCUCUGCCUCUUCAUCCUCCGACACCACCUCGUCCGAAGUCGCCUUCCUCCAAACCCUCCAAUACGCCCAAGUAGCCUCCAUGUCCUGCCUCAUCACCCUCGUCAACCUCACCACCACCCCCCUCGGUACAUGCCUCGGCCUCACAGACCUUGCUGAUCUGGUGUCCAACCCGGACCAGAACACUUCAUUCAGUGAUCAAUUGAAUACUUAUCUGGGGACAGUUUGUCAACAAACUUGCAGUGAUUCGGAUUUGCAAGAGGGGAAAGCCAUGUUGGAUGACAAUAACGGCACAUCCGAUCUCUGUCUACCAGCCACACUCAAUGGCUCUACCACUGCCAAUUCGAAUACCUUCUUUGAUGCCCUUGUAGCGGGAAAUUCCACGACGCUGGAGGGAUAUCAAGAUUCUGUCUUUACGCAAGCAGAGUGUACGGGGUGCAUGUACGAGAUGUUCAAAGCUGCACAAUACACCAUAUCGAGUAUUCGCGGACAAACAGUCACCGAAGCAUUCGGCAACCACCUCAAAAACGACUGUCCUUCCUCCUCAGACUCGACCACCACCUCUACCAACGGCACAGCAGAUACGAGCACGAUCAACUGGAGCGAUGUGGACGGCACUGUGGAAGACUGUCUGUCCAUCUCGCGCCAUUGA